GUCAUGGAGGUCCAGCUGGAGGGCGAGGAGGUGCGGCGCAUGGCAAGCAGUGAAGCAGCAGUGCAGGCAGUCCAGGAGCUGCAACACUUUGCCCUCCUGCGGCACAGGCUGCAAUCACAGGACAUCGUUGACGACACGACAAUGGAGUUGGUGGAGGCAUCGACGGGAUGCACCAGGUACAUCCUGCAUGUUGUCAACAUAGGCAUCAACAGCAGCAGGACGACAACGACAGGCAACGACAACCUUCAGUUCGCCGUGUUCAUAGUGCCACACGGCAGGGAGCAUGAGUGGUUGUUUGGCACUGCCGAGGGCCGACGCAAGCUAGCAGAGAGUGCCUCGACCCAGCGCCUGGUGGUGGCACACCUGGCCAGGGGCCAGACCUACUCCUCCUUACAAGCAGUGCAAGAUGAACUCUCUGCCAGAGUCAUGCUCCUGGCCCCACCCAAGUUAAACUCUAAUGCCAAGGUGCCGUUCUUGUCAGUUGGGGAGGACCUGGGGUCGAGGACCGAGGUGGCUCGUGGCCACAGCGACUACACUGGCGAGUACCUUGUUGAGGACGUCGACCUGCCCGGGGCAGCCAAGGUCCGCCGACUCAUUUUCUUGGCCAAUCGCAAUGUGGUACAAUCGGAGGCACGACUGUUGAGAGUGAGAGAGAAGAAAAAGAAGGGUGGCGGUGGCAGUGGAAGUGGUGGCGGUGGCAGUGGAAGUGGUGGCAGUGGCACAAAGGAGAGAGUCACUGUAGAUUACUCAUACCUGUCAUGCGAGCAUCACCUAGCGAUGGUGGGCGGUCUGGGACUGACGUCGACGCUCAGUGACCUGCUGGUCGUUGGACUGGGAGGAGGGUCAUUGGCUUCGUACAUUCACAAGUACUUCCCUCAGGUGAGGGUUACAGCAGUGGAUCUGGACCCGGCAGUGGUUGAGAUUGCACAGAAGUGGUUUGGCUUCAUACCUGAUGUUCGACUGACAGUAGAAGUCAGUGACGGCAUCGAUUACAUCCACAAGGCAGUGGAACUUGGUCGUCACUACGAUGCCAUUUUGUUCGACGUUGACUCGAAGGACACUGGGGCAGGUAUGAGCUGCCCACCCCGGGCAUUUGUUGACACAGUGUUCCUGCACGUGGUCAAACGUUGCCUCACAAGCGCAGGUGUCCUGAUCAUCAACUUGGUGUGUCGCGACCAUCAGCUCCAGCAAGAUGUCAUCAAUGACGUCAAGUCGACCUUCCCCUCAGUCUUACGUCAACAGAUCCCUGACCAGGUCAACUGUGUCCUCUUCUGCUCACCUCACCUCAGGGCCCCUGAAAAAGUGAGGGCCCGCUUUGAGAAAGGCCUCCGAGCCAUUGACACGGCCCUGGCCUGCCAACGGGGCCACAGCGGCAAUGUUUUCGACUUUGGGGCCCUCGCUGAUGACCUUGCCGUCUUGUGAACGCUGAAUAAAUAGUUCCUAGCAUCUGGUUCUUAUAAAGCUCCCCUAUACAGUCAAUUCUCUUGUAAAGCUCCCGUAUACAAUCAGUCUUCUUAUAAAGCUCCCGUAUACAGUCAAUUCUCUUAAAAAGCUCCCCUAUACAGUCAGUUCUUUUAUAAAGCUCCACUAUAUACAGUGGAUCUGUCUAGAAUGUUCUAGAGGUCCAACAUAACAUGGCAGUAAUGGGGAUCGCUCAGCUUCCUUGAAUCAAAAACCUCUACAAAGAUUUUUUUACUCAGCCUUCAGUAGGGUUUGUGUCCACUAGAUGGCAAAAAAAUAUAUUUGAGCGCCGUGUAUUGAGAUAGUGUUAAAAGCUGCUUUUGUUGACGAAAGUCAAGGAAACUAUUGUUUUUGUGCAGCAGAUGGUGCCAGAUCUUACUUAAAAAUAUUUGUUAAAUAGAUGAUGUAAGAAAAUUUAAUGAACUUUUUUUGUACUAUAGAUGGCACUGUAAGUUACUAAGUAAUGUUAUUUGUGUCAUCUGUUGAUAGACCAGUAAACAAUAUUUAGUGUACUUUUUUGUCAAUAGAUGGUGCAAAAAAAUCCUUUAAUGACUUUUGGCACCAUGUGUUGUGUUAAAAACAGACUAAAUUUAUCAUUUGCUUUUUUGGUCAAUAGAUGGCAUACAAAUAUUUAUUUGGUUUAGUAACAUUUAGUGCCAUCUGUUGCAUAAAAUAUAUAGUAGAGGUUUAAUUGGAUUUUCUGCCAAUAGAUGGCAGCCAUCACAGUCAUAGCCUCCAGUACAGAUGUAGUAGGGGAGUCCUCUUCCAGUUAAAAUGUUGGUGCCAUGACAACAGAUGGUGGUGUCUCUGGUUUGGCUAUGGAGGACUGUAGUGCAGCUCUAGGACCAGCACAGAUUAGGAAUACAUCCAGCACAAAUUGUACCCAGCCAAAAACAAAAUGGUGCAAAUUCUGUUUGGGGCAUCUGUAAACACGGAAUAUCAGGGAAAACGAAUGGGGCAUGCAACUUUGAGCAUCCCAAAAAAUGCCGUGACCUCCUGUCUAAGGAAGUGUGUCGUUCUACCUUCUGCAAAUACUUCCACCCUGAGAUGUGUCAGUCUUCAGUCCUUGAAAAACAAUUUUACAAUACCACCUGCACUGUAUACCAUUUAAAAGGAACAGGAGCCACACACCCCAUACAACACAUCAUGGUAGCUGGGACAACACCCCAAGUGAUUUUUUAGUGGUAGGAAACUAAUUAAGAAAAUGGAGAGCGAUAACCAAAAUAGUCCACCACCUUGGAGCCUUACUGGACUGGAGGCACAACCAGUGGCACCUCCGGGCUCACAGCCAGUGGCACCUCCGGGCUCACAGCCAGUGGCACCUCCGGGCUCACAGUGGCACCUCCGGGCUCACAGCCAGUGGCACCUCCGGGCUCACAGCCAGUGGCACCUCCGGGCUCACAGUGGCACCUCCGGGCUCACAGCUACUGAUGCCAACAACAAAAUCCUCCCAACAAACAUAAAACACAGCAUCAUUUAUAUUUGCUAAUAUACAGGAUCUUAAACCAUCACCAACAACAAAAUACCUUCCAUGAGUGGACUUCUAGGAGAGUUAAAUGUAGUGUUUGUAGCCUACACAGUGUUAAAUGUAGUGUUUGUAGCCUACACAGUGUUAAAUGUAGUGUUUGCAGGCUUCACAGAACCCACACAAAAGGUUACUUUGACAGUGAAAUAUAGACACCUGGAUACAACCUUUUCAGAUGCGACAGAAAAAACAGGCAACAAGGGGGGGGGGUUGACCUGUAUGUCAAAGAGUCGCUCAUUUGCACAGAAAUACUGAACACCACAAAUGAUGUAGUUGAAGUUCUGACAAUAAAAAUCGAGAACCAAAACUUAGUCAUUGUACUUGUAUAUAAGCCACCGGAUGCAACUUCCCAACAGUUCAAAGAACAACUGUCAAAAAUUAACUCCUGUCUGGAUAACUUUCCAGUCCCAUCCCCAGACAUCUUGCUGCUUGCUGACUUCAGUCUAAGAUAAACAAAAUGGAAGAAUAUAGCAAAUAAUGUCAUAGCAGAAAUAAUCCCUGGAGGUACAUAGCUCAGAUGAAAAGUCACACACACAGGAGCUGCUGAAUUUCUGCAACAAACACACCCUAAGUCAGCAGAUAGUGGAGCCAACAAGACUGGAGAACAUACUGGACCUUAUUUUCACAAUGAGAACCUGGUAAGAAACAUAACAAUAUCAAAAACUACAAAUUCUGAUCACAAUCUAAUCCAAGUCCAGAGUUACAUGCACAGGAGUCCUGAUCGGUACCUUUACCAAAUUCAACUUCAACAACAAGAACAUCAUCUGGGAUCAGGUAAACUAUGUCCUAAAUGAAACAUGUUGGGAGGAUAUCUUAAAUUACAUGGACCCUAACCAAUACCUCGAAAAGAUCAACCUCCUGGUAGCUGAAGUAUGUUCAAGGUAUAUUAUCUUAAGAAAAAAGAAGUAAACUGGAGAGAGACGCUCCCUCUAUAGGAGAAGACGAAGAACCAUCGAGCUCCUCAAGAAUGCCAGAUUAUCUGAUACACGGAAGGAAGUGCUAACCAGGGAAGUGGAAAAUAUUGAGCGAAAGUUAAAGGACUCAUACAGGAUCCAGGAGAGACAAGAGGAGAUCAAAGCGAUUAAUGAAAUUGAAAGAUAUUCGAAAUAUUUCUUUUCACAUGCCAAAAACAAGUCUAAAACCACUUCUGGUAUAGGGCCCCUGCUCAGACAAGAUGGAUCCUACACUGACGACAAAGAAAUGAGUGAGAUACUGAAAUCUCAAUAUGACUCAGUGUUCAGUGAGCCGCUAACCAGUUUAAAGAUAGACAAUCCAAACAAUUUUUUAAUGAAUGAUCCUCAAAACCCUGCCAAUGUAGGCCAGAUUUAUGACAUAACCCUAACUCCACUAGACUUUGAGAAAGCCAUCGACGACAUGCCCAUGCACUCAGCCCCAGGCCCAGACUUGUGGAACUUGUUGUUCAUUAAGAACUGCAAGAAACCCCUCUCACGGGCCUUAAGUAUGCUAUGGAGAAGGAGCUUAGACACAGGUGAGAUUCCACAGUCACUAAAAACAACAGAUACAGUGGACCCCCAGUUAACGAUAUUUUUUCAUUCCAGAAGUAUGUUCAGGUGCCAGUACUGACCGAAUUUGUUCCCAUAAGGAAUAUUGUGAACUAGAUUAGUCCAUUUCAGACCCCCAAACAUACACGUACAAACGCACUUACAUAAAUACACUUACAUAGUUGGUCGCAUUGGGAGGUGAUCGUUAAGCGGGGUUCCACUGUAUAGCCCCGCUCCAUAAAGGUGGCAGCAAAGCAGUAGCUAAGAACAAUAGACCAAUAGCUUUAACGUCCCACAUCAUAAAAAUCUUUGAAAGAGUUCUAAGAAGCAGGAUAGACCACCUGGACUCCCAAAAAUUGUACAACCCAGGGCAACAUGGUUUCAGAACAGGUCGCUCCUGCCUCUCUCAACUGCUAGACCACUAUGAUAUGGUCCUAGAUGCACUGGAAAACAAACAGAAUGCAGAUGUAGUAUACACAGACUUUGCAAAAGCCUUUGACAAGUGCGACCAUGGUGUAACAGCACACAAAAUGCGUGCUAAAGGGAUAACCGGCAAAGUAGGCAGAUGGAUCUUCAAUUUUCGAACCAAUCGCACACAAAGAGUAGUGGUAAACAGAGUUAAAUCAGAUGCUGCCAUAGUGAAGAGCUGUGUCCCACAAGGCACAGUACUCGCACCUAUCCUGUUCCUUAUUCUCAUAUCAGACAUAGACAGAGAUGCAAACCACAGCACUGUAUCAUCUUUUGCAGACGAUACUAGGAUCUGCACGAGUGUCAUCCAUUGAGGACACGGCAAAGCUCCAAGAAGAUAUAAACCAGUUUUACAAUGGGCAACAAUAUGAUGUUCAAUGAAGACAAAUUCCAACUACUCCGUUAUGGAAAACUGGAGGAAAUAAUAACUAGGACUGAGUAUACUACAAACUCUAACCACACAAUAGAGCGGAAAAGUAAUGUGAAGGACCUGGGUGUGGUAAUGACCUCACCUUCAAGGACCACAACAAUACCACUAUCACAUCUGCCAGGAAACUGAUAGGAUGGAUAAUGAGAACAUUCAAGACAAGAGAUGAUAAGACAAUAAUAAUUUUUAAAUCACUUGUUCUCUCUAGGCUGGAAUACUGUUGUACAUUAACAUCCCCAUUCAGGCAGGUGAAAUUGCAGAACUAGAGAAUGUGCAGAGAACCUUUACUGCAUGUAUAAGUUGCAUCAAACACCUUAACUACUGGGAGCGCCUGGAAGCACUUGACUUGUACUCACUGGGGCGCAGGUGAGAGAUAUAAUAUACACCUGGAAGAUUCUGGAUGGACUGGUUCUUAAUAUGCACACAGCAAUCACGCCAUACGAAAGCAAAAGACUUGGCAGGCGAUGCAACAUACCCCCAGUGAAAAGUAGGGUUGUCACUGGUACACUAAGAGAAAAUGCAGUGUCUGGGGCCCAAGACUGCUCAAUAGCCUCCCACCAGCAAUAAAGGGCAUUACUGAAAGACCCCUGGUUGUCUUCAAGAGGGAGCUGGACAGAUACCUAAAGACGGUGCCGGAUCAGCCGGGCUGUGGUUCGUACGUUAGAUUGCGUGCGGCCAACAGUAACAGCCUGAUUGAUCAGGCCCUGAUCCACCGGGAGGCCUGGUCGUGGACUGGGCCGCGGGGGCGUUGAUCCCAGGAAUGCCCUCCAGGUAGACUCCAGGUAGGUAGAUCCCCCCCAAGGGAGGUUCCUUGACAUUGAUGAGGGGCUCUUGAUCUACGGAAUUGGAUCAGUGCACCGAUUCCCUGAAUUAAGCCUGAAUACCGCUCCCCCCACAGGUGCUGUAUAAUCCUACAGUAAGUUUUUUGUACAAUAGAUGGUGCUGUAAGUUACAAAAUAUUAAGUAUACUCUUCUGUCAACAGCGGCACUGUAUAACCCUUGUAGGUAUAGCGCUUCUUUUUUAUUACAAUAAUCUUCUGCCAACAGAUGAUAUAAAAGCCAUAAAAAACAACUUUUGGUUCCAUCUAUUGUGUAAAAAAUGCAUUAAAACUUUUUUUAACUUUUCAGUCAAUAGAUGGCAUACAUUUAUUUGGUGCCAUCUAUUGUUUAAAAUAAUUACUAGAAGUUUAGUUGACUUUUCUGAUAACAGAUGGCAUACAGUCAUUAUAACCAAUCUUGUGGUACCUUCUGUUGUAAAAUAAGUGUACUAAAUAUUCAGUUCAUUUUCCAGUUAAAAGAUGGCAUUAAAUUUAUGAACAUCUGGUGCCACUGCACAAAAAAGUUUAAUUUACUUUUCCAUCAAUAGAUGGCACACAAAUGCAUUAACAUCAUCUGUUGUGCAAAAAAAUGUACACAAAGUUUAGCUCACUUUUCUGUUAAUAGAUGGCACUAAAAACUGUUUUCAACACUAUCUAGUUCACUUGAAACAUACUCAGAUUCAGAUAUUAAUGCCAUCAAUUGCAAGAAUACUUAACUUUGUCCCCGAGAGGUAAACGUGGCCAGCUGGGACGGGUUUAACUAUCCAAGGAGAGAGGAGCUCCACUUCCUUGGAUGAAGAACCCUCCAACAUAAGGUCAAAUAAAAGGCAAUGUUACAA